AUGAUUCACCCCCUUGCUAUCCUCUCCGAAGAGGAGACCAACCUAGCCCGUGACGUUGUCAGGGCCGCUCACCCAGAUACCAUUAUCGACUUCCGGGAGAUCUACCUACAAGAACCCCCCAAGGCACAAUUGCUCGAAUUCCUGGCCAUUGAACAUGCCGGUCGCUUGAGCCCAACAACACCUCGCCCACCUCGUCUCGCUUUGUGUCAGUACGAUGUGAUUGGCGCCGACCGCAUCCCCUCCUACCAAGAAUCUGUUGUCGACGUCGUCACUCGGACCCGGGUCAAGCACCACAUCGUGGGCAAGCAACACCAUGCCGCACUCACCCUAAAUGAAUUCGAUACAUUGGUGGAGCAGUGUAUGAAGUCGCCAUUAUUCCAGCAGGCUCUCGCGGACUUUGAUCUCCCGGAGGGAUUCGAGGUUGUGAUCGAGCCAUGGCCAUAUGGUGGCCUGGAUAACACCGAGGAGCCCCGCCGAUACUUCCAAGCAUUGUGCUUCGCUCAGGACAAGCGCUCCGGCAAUGAGGACUCCAACUUUUACUCAUACCCUCUUCCCGUCAUCCCGGUUAUGGAUGCUCACACACAACAGAUCAUUCGUGUGGACCGACCUGCCACCGGUGGUAAGGGAGAGGGACUUUUGGAGCAAACUUUCAAGCGCGAUAUUAUCGGACACUGUAAACCUUCUGAAUAUGUUCCGGAGCUGCUUUCCGAGGGAACAAGAAGGGACCUCAAGCCGUUGAACGUGGUUCAGCCCGAGGGUCCCUCUUUCCGGGUUACAAACAAUUCCCUGGUCGAGUGGCAGAAAUGGCGCUUCCGUGUUGCCUUCAACCCACGUGAGGGCGCGACUAUCCACGAUGUCUGGUAUGAUGGUCGUAGUGUGAUGCACCGAUUGGCGGUCAGUGAAAUGACUGUUCCCUAUGCUGAUCCCCGACCACCCUUUCACCGCAAGCAAGCCUUCGACUUUGGUGACGGAGGUGGUGGUAACAUGGCUAACAAUCUUUCCCUGGGAUGUGACUGCCUUGGAGUCAUCAAAUAUCUCGAUGCCGUGAGUACCCAGGCCGACGGUACUGCCCAAAAGAUGCCCAAUGUCAUCUGUCUUCAUGAGCAGGACAAUGGCAUUGGCUGGAAGCACUCCAAUUGGCGCACCGGUCGGGCGGUGGUUACUCGCCUUCGUGAAUUUGUUGUCCAGUUCAUUAUCACUUUGGCCAAUUACGAAUACAUUUUUGCCUACAAGUUCGAUCAAUCCGGUGGAAUCACAGUCGAGUCCCGAGCCACCGGUAUCCUCAAUGUGGUCAACAUUGACGCCGGCAAGGUCAGCGAAUACGGCAACGUUGUCAGUGGCGGUGUCCUGGCGCAGAAUCACCAGCAUAUUUUCUGUGUACGCAUUGACCCAGCCAUCGACGGACAGAAGAACUCCGUCAUAGUGGAGGAGUCACACCCUGUUCCAAUGAACGCAGUCACAAACCCCAACGGAAACUUCUACCAAGUUACCAAGGAGACUGUGCAGCGGUCAUCCUGGAUCGACGCUGCACCUCAGUUGAACCGGACAAUCAAGAUGGUUAACCCCCACAAGACCAAUCCUAUCAGCGGGAACCCCGUUGGAUACAAGUUCAUCCCCAUGGCUACACAGACAUUAUUGGCCGAUCCAGAAUCAGUGCAGGCCCGCCGAGCCCAAUUUGCCCAACAUCACGUUUGGGUUACCAAGUACCGGGAUAACGAACUCUACGCAGGUGGCCGAUACACCCUGCAAAGCCAGGUCGAAGUUGACGGUGUAUCGGAUGCUGUUCGCCGAGGCGAUGCAGUCGAAGAUACAGAUGUCGUUGUCUGGAACACAUUUGGCAUCACUCACAACCCGCGUGUUGAAGACUGGCCUGUCAUGCCCGUGGAAAUCUUCCAACUUAUGAUCCGCCCGGCGGACUUUUUCACCGCCAAUCCUUCUAUCGAUGUACCCUCCGACAAAAACGGAUCUUCUAGGCUAGCAGACUCGGAAUGCUGCAGAAAGGCACACAUCUAA